CGUCUGCUGAAAGAACGCCAUGCGCACUGAAAUCGCGUGUGCGCCCGUUGGGUUUAAUCGUUUUCUGUGAAAGGGUGCAGAGCGCUCCGCAGGAAUAACGUACUCUCGUAACCCAGUGUUGCAGCUGUAACUCGUUUAGUACCCAUUUGGCUCUCUCAAAGAAGUGUUAUUUUGUGUAGAUUCCUGCUACGUCUAAAGCACAACUAUGGCGAAACUGAUACCUAUGAUAGUGGCUUUACUUGUGAUGACCGUUGGUCGCUCAGGUAAGUGUGACUCACAUGUUAACACGUUGUAAUGCAAUAAGAGUGGCGACUAUAGAGUCUUCUCAAUUCUCUUGGCUUCUUUCGCUGUUUUGAUCACCUGGUCACGCCCAUUACUGGUGUCAAAUUUCCAAAAGAUUUGUGCUCUAGACCUCGCAGAUGACGUGAGCGCAGCGAUUUUGUCGCCACACCUUUGUAAGGUUCAAAUGUUGUUUAUACCAUUUACUUGCGACGUUGAACAUUCAUAUGUCAGCUUUGUUUUGUGCUAUAUAUAUAAACGAUAACCGACAUAAACAAGCCUCAAUGUUCUCAACCACACUCUGAAAUCUGAGACCAAAAAUUUUUCUGUUGCCUUAUAUUUUCCUCGACAACUUUCCCCGAUUUAAUUUUCAGUACAUAGAUCUUUCAAAAUCUUGGAGAAAUAUAUCGCGAGCUUUUUCAAAGGAUAAAUAAAUUGUCUCAGACUAACAAACCAAACAAGUCACCUCAAGUGCAUUUAACUUAGUCCCGUGAGUAAACUUGCAAUUUGCGACUGAAACUCUUUCCCAUUUACUCUUUUCAACAUUAAUUUUGUCUGUUGUUAUAUAUAAAAUUAAUGAAUCAAAAGUCCAAAAUCAUAAAGGAUGACUUAAAUUUACUGGAGAGUAAAGAGGUAUUGCACCUCUGAUAUAGCCUGAAUAUCAGGCCUUCCUAAGGGGCUGGGUAGAGGAGAUCUUAGAUGGGGGAGGGGGGAGAAGGGAAAGGAAGGCCUGACACAAAACCAUUCAGCAAAUCGUGUCGCACAUCCAAAAUCUGGAUGUGGCAGUGAUUGGAUAACAUACAAUACCCCCUGACGUCACGGACCGCAAGUAAAUACUAGCACAGUGAUCUCCAAGGAGAAGCCAUUGAAAUUUUUCAUAGAUAUUUUGAUUUCAUAUGGACAGAGACGUAGAGAGGAAUUCAAAAAGGCUCUAGAGGGCGCUCUCAAGUUCUUUCCUGAAAUAAAAAUAAAACCCGAGCAAGAAUUGGCUCAAAGACUCGUAGUUAAAAGGAAAGAUGUUCUCGAAGUAUGGAAAAGCCUCAUACACCAGCUUCUGCCGAAACUAUGUCGGAAUAUUGGUUUCACAAGACCAGGACAAAGAAGGCAAUAUCAGUGCUUCAGAUAUCUAUGAAGUUCUGAUUUACAACAUCCUGCCGUUAAAAGUGUAUUGUUACUGUAAAUAAAAUUAGAGCGAGGUAGCCAUAUAUUGAGAAUAGCCAACAGUGGUUGUCUGGUGUUUUGAAGAAUACUUAACUUGUUCAUGAAUGACAGUGCGCCUGUUCACAGAGCCUACACUGUAGAAAAUUGUAACGAUCAAAACGAAGUAACCUCAAUGGAAUGGCCAGCACAAUCAUCAGAUUUAAAUAUAACAGAAAAUAUCUGGCUCUACAUGAAGAGAGAGCUACAAAAGUCCGCGGUAGCUAUAGAUAUCGCUGCCAAAAAUGAUCGUCUGCGUGAAAUCCAGAGCGUGGGGAGAACAUCGAACUGGAUUAUAUAAGAAACCUUUACCAGUCCAUACCUGACCGCCUAGACAAUGUAAUUAAAAUGGAGGGUCAUCUCACUAAAUAUUAAGGUGAUUUUAAAGUUAGACUGGCCGAAAACGGUGUCAAAACUAGCGCGCAUAAAAUGUAAACAAACGCCGCCAUAUUAAAAAUGACGAAUACUCAGAGGCUCUAUAGUGAUACAUGAUUUGACAACAGGAAUGUCAUAUACUUGCCAUUCUACGCUGUAAUUGAAUGGUUUCAAUUGAAAUUUAGGCAUGCGCAUUCAUUUAAAAGAAACACAAAAUGAUAUUAUUAGAUCUACGAUUAGACUAUAAGUGAUCAGAGAUUUACAUCUGAAACUUUCAUUCCUCGCGAAGCGAAGUUUAUAAUCUCGUCGCGCGCGAAGGGCGCGUGUAUCACACAAGCAUCGCAAGGCCAGCGUGAUUUCCUCUUGGCUAUAAAUCUAUCGAGUUUGGUUGGUGUCCGCCUUGACGUCAUCCAGUUAGUGACGUACGAGCGCAUUAUUUGUUUCCAGGCAAGCGAUUGCCAUCGACGACAAAGCUGUUUUAUUCAUGAAGAUAACGAUGUUUACGGUCGGUAAAUCACCCAGUCUCUGAGGUAAAACAAAAGAGAACAGCAAACUCAACAAAGGUGGAUUCAACAAGUGGCUGGAAAUCCUCGCUGGGAAAGACUUACAAACAAGACUCCGCAAGAGCGAGGACAUCGACUUUAAAGUCAGCGCAAGUAACGGCACAGCGAAGGCAAACACUGUCAACUAGAGCCAGAGGUUAGACAGCGACCACGAAUAUGUAAAGAGUUAGCAACAAAAUACUGCAAAAGAAGCCGACGAAGAGAGGGAACACCGACUGCCGACGUUUCAGUAUUCGGUCAAUAGAAUUCGCAAGGAGAGGCAAGUUCACAGUCAAAAUUAUCUUCUUCGAUGCGACGAUAGGAAGCAAGAAUUAUACCAUCUGUAAAAUCGACACGAGGAGUAUCUUUGCAACGGACUGAGGACAGUCGAUCAGCCUUUUCACCGUUUUACAGUAAACUUUAUUAAAUACAUGAACAGUUUACAACACCGAUAAUGUGUGACAUGUAGGGAAGCGUUACAUUUUGUAAACAUAAACGAAAAAUUCUCCCCAGUAAGGAUUUUCAUUCAAUUUCCUUCUAUUUUCUAUCUAUAGCAGCCUUAUACAUAAAGCCAGCUGUGUCUUUUAAGUCAAACAUGACAAAAAUGUGUUAUUGCUUGCCCCCUAUAUUUUUGUUCCUACAUUAUUCGAAAAUAACAUCAGUAUAUUUUCGGAUAUCCUCAGAAUGUUAGUGUGUGACAUGGUUGCCAUGCCAGGAAGGUUAAUUCCAUUCGCUGUUAGGGAAAAUUUAACAGGUCACGCAUAAAAUUUCACUCUUUCAAAGAAGUCAGACAGAGGUGACAUGUUCGCAGAAAUAAAACAUUUGUUCCAUUGGCAGAUGAAGAUUGUUUCAAGAAAUUAAAGGACAUGCAAGCAGAUAUUUAUGUAGGGUUUUCCAUAAGAUCAAUCCAUCCUGUACUUAGCGUUACAUUCACCGGAAAUGUGUGUAAUACAGAGAAAGUGUUCAUUUGCCUCGUCUCAGUCUGGGAAAUUAAAAAUCUAUGGCUCUGGCAUUGUCUCAACAAGCUCAUGCAUGUUUAGAAUUAAGACCAAUGGAGAAACUGACCACCUUCAAAAUAACUUGUUUGUGGGCAUUUCAUACAAAUUCACUCUUGCAUAGGGAUUUGUUUCUUAUGCAUGUACACUUGCCUAACUGGUAAAAAAUUGGUACUUUUUACAUGGAUUCAGUUCUUUAAGGUGAAUGCCCACAAAUACAAUAAUCAUAAAUCAUGAUCACUUUAGUAAUUCUCAUGAACUGCAUCCUUAAUGACAUUGCUACUUUUAAUUUUCUAUUUCAGUGAUUAUGUUUGCACUUUACUGUUACAAACAAUAGUUGUCAAGUGUGAUUAUCUACCAAAAAAAGUGCAAACACUUUUAUAGCUGUAGUUCGCCGAACAAUAAUUUUUUUCUCCAAUUAGCAACAUUUAGUUGUUGUUUUCACGGCAGCAUUAUCUCCUAGAAUUGCCAUCCACUCACUUCUACUGACACAUUUCACAAAUAAUUAUUGCACUUAAGGGUGAGCUUUUAUUAAGCAAAUGCAACUGAAUAUUAGCCGGCAGUUAUCCACUAUCACCCCCAUUUCCUUUUGACCAUAAUUACACACAUUUAGGAGGGUCAAAUGGAGUGAACAUGGGGGGAUGGGACCUAUGCAGCAUUCGCUAACAACAGCAACCCCAUUUAAAUCUCAGAAGAUCCUUUUUAAAGCCAGAGCACUAGGUUCAAAUUUAAUCCACAGGAGAUUAAGUUCAUCUCAGCUUCCAAUAUUAGCUCCACCCUCCCUAGUUACAUGAUUUACUUCAUUUCUCUCCUGUCCUCCCACGCCUUAUGGGCUCCCCCCCCGAGCUUCGCGAGGUUCUGCGAUACACGUAUUUCUAGUUAAGAUUGAUUCACUGCAACACCUUGAAAUUUCAAGACAAACCUAUCCUACGAGCAGGUCAAAAAUCUGCGUUACAACAUUCACUGUUUUGACGUUAUGCUAAUUUUUUCAAAAUAAUGCGCACUAUACAUACCUUCAUGACUAGUACAUUUUAGUUUGAAUUUAUCGCAUAUUUUGAAUGUAAAACAUUGAUAAUACUCACACUGAAAUGUACUAGUCAUGGAUAUAUGUAUUGUCCGCAUUAGUUCGGAAAAAUUAGCAUAACGUCAAAACAGUGAACGAUUUUUUUAGCCUGGCCAGCGAUUCUCGAUAUUUACAGUCAUGGGCUCUUAAACCCUUUUUAAGAUUACACAUCGUUAUAAAACCAUUAAAUAAUAAAAAACCGUAAUAAACUCUUUAUUAUGUUGAGGCGUAACUCUAUUAAUGUUUACUCAAACACUCGACACGGCUCGCACUGCAAAUUUGGCGCUUGUCAAAAGUGAGAACCUGCUUGCCGUAUAGGUGAUUUUGGAAAUUUUUUGAACGGUUUCGGUAAAAGCCCACGAUUGAUCGUCCUGAAUAUUGGCUGAGUGCAAUUUGUCUUGAAAAACUGUGAAAUACUGCAUUCUGUCCGAGGUCUGUGUGAUAAAUACAGCGCCUCAUAGUACUGUUUCACCUCAGAUGUGAUGUAUAAAAAGUAUAAAAGGUUGAUUUACUCACCCCCAGAUGUUGGCAAGAUUUUGUGAAGUAAACUUGUCGAACCCAAGAAAUUCGCCUGAUUUGUUCUCCAGGCCUAAAUUUCUGUGAUCAAUAGCCAUUAUGGCUCUUGAAUGUGAUCGAAGAUGAUUGCUGUUUUUUGGGUGUACAUAUAGGGAUAUCAACUCGAUGUAAGAUGUUUCACUCUAAAAUCACUUAGCGCUCGAUUCCCUCAAAAGUCACAUGAAUGAGCCCAACUGAUUGGUGGAUUACAAGUUUGGCUGUAACAUACUAACACGGAUUGACACACUUCAAUUUCACAAUGAGUUUCUGGUUUUUAAAAACGGCAGGUAAGGUUAUUCUGUUGUAACGAAAGGGGAUUUUUCCAGACCGCUAUGCUCCAGAACAAGACUGAAUUAAGAUUUUUGAUUUAGAUUAAGAAAGCAAAAUUUGGUGGCCUAGUUUUGUAAUCUAGCAUGUACUUUGUUAGUGAAACUGACUGCGGUAGCCUGAUAAAGGUUGCUUCCUCAUAAAGGGAAAUAAGUUUGAAAGAAAGAAGGGAAUGCGAAACCUCGGAUAUUGUUUUGUGUUCUUACAGUUGGUAUAGUGAAACUUAGCGAGACGUAUUUAUAACAAGAGAAAUAACUUAAAGGCGAUCAUUAACCCUUUAAACCCUAAUAUCAAAAUUGAGAUUAUCAUUUACUGUCCCUAUACUUUUUCAACAGAAGUAGUGGGGAGAAUUUAUUAAAAUAUCAGUGAGACUCAUCUUCCCUGAUCGUGUACUCGAUCCUCAUGACCACUCUGUUUUCUAAAGCAUUUAUAUAAUACGGAGAAAUUUCAUGCUAACCACUCUAAGGGCUUAAAGGGUUAAAGGAAAAAUAAAGAUAAAUAUGAAAAUGUACCUUUAAUGCUGAAACUGAUAUGAGAUGUCCGAACGAUUUCUUAGAACUGAUAACAAGCUGAUAUAUAUAGUCUGUCUUUCAUUUCUGUGUGUUUACGCUUGGGCAUGUACACAUCCGUAUGAAAGAACUGUUCUCGGCUUCGUACGUUCAUCUUCUUUUGUUCAUACCAAAAAAGGGAUGAAAAAUUACGGAGACGGAAAAGAGAAUUGAAUAAAAUAUGAAAUAAUCUACCUUUAGCUUAAAUGGGAACCUUAAAUAUUCGGAAACCAUCUUAAAAAUCGGCACAAUGUGAGGAUGUUUUGAAAAUCCAUUUGCAAACUAUACUGUCUAGCUUAUGCACCUAUCAAUGUAAAUCCCGUGAGGGGGGAGUUCGGGCAAGGGGCGGGGAUUUGAUGCCUCAGACUAUCCCCCUGUCGGGCUUUUGAUCGCGCGAAGCGACCCCGGGGUCGGGACAUUUGACUUUUACCGACAGAAGCCUCGUAUCAAUUCAGAACCGGUUACCAAGUCCGUCCCUCGAGGCUUUCUGAAAGUCACGCUGUUGGAGAAAGGUGUGAAGUUAAUAAUGUCUAUUUUGAGAAAGGUUUUAUCUUCAAGUUCCCAUCUGAUUGUAAAACUCGAUUGAAAUCGAAUUCCACCGUGAAAGUCAGAGGAUUUUUUACGGGUCACUGAUCCGACCUGUUCCGACAUGUUGAGCAGAUGUUAUAAAGCAUUUUACGUUUCAUUAAUAUUAUUAUAGCACAGUCAAUCUUCCUGGAGUGAUUUUGUUGUUCAAAAUAGGAGAUGCUAGUGGAGAGAGAAAAUACUUAAUUACAGUGAGUAAUUUAACGGAGCUUACGUUAACCAUAAAUAAAAGUAGUAAGAACGUAUUUUUGAAAUAUUCUUGUAAUUUGUUUUGUAUAGUGUUAUAGUAUUGUUUGUUUAGAUUUUUUCCCCUGUGGUGGGGGCUUUUUUUGACACUUUUGAUCAACCUUUCGUUUCCCACCCUGGGGAAUUUGAUCAAAAAAUUUCAAAAUUUGUCAAAUCCCCACCCCUUGCCCGCACUUCCCCCUCACGGAGUUUACAUUGAUAGGUGCAUUAGCCCCCAGACCUCCCUCGUUUUUGCACAUGCACAGACGUUGUUCAGCUCUUCCCUCUUUUCAAAUUCUCCAUUUUAGCACGCAAAAUGCGCCACAAUACCCAACAAAGUGAUAAUAAUCUGGGGCGUAGCGUGAGAGUGUGAAGGUUUACGCACUAGGGAGCUUUGUCUGGGUGGUUAAUGCGCACCCAGAAAAUGUUUGAAUCUAGGGUCUCGGAAAUACCAUUUUCUGCCUUUUCCGAAGGACAUUUUUAGUUAAUAUCUAAGAAGGAAAAUGCAGUAGCUAGCUGAUUCUUGUGAAAGGUUUGAACACAGAACGCGGACAUACAGUUCACCAAGGAGAUCGAAGAAAAUGGUAACAUACCUUUUAUAUAGACUGCUUGGUCACUCGCGACAACAACAAACUAAAAACGACUAUUUACAGAAAACCGACACAUACCGACCGAUUACUACACCAGUCUUCGUACAACCUGGCCUCUCACAAAGGCUACUACCAUCCGGACUCUGACGAGACGAGCGCAACUAGUUUGCGACUCACCUGACAGCCUACAAGACGAGACUGCAUGGUUAACUUAACAACGUUUUUAGUAAGAACAAUUACAACACGGACUGUGUUAGACGGAACACUCACAGUAACACUGAUUCCAACACUCAGAACAACUCUGGCCCUGUUACGACAACGACUAUACCGUACUCCAGAAGCACCUCUGAAACUAUUUCACGAAUAUUAAAACCUUACCAUUAUACGUGUUGCACACAAACCGAUAACCACUUUACAGCGACUGUUUACUAAUGUCAAGAACAAAGACAAAUCGGAGGACAGACAGGGAGCAGUAUACAAGAUCAAAUGCUGCGACUGCCAGGCUUCUUACAUUGGUGAAACGUGCAGAAACCUAAGCACGCCACUGAACGAACACAAACGAGCGACGAGGAAUGGUGACGUCAACAAUCACAUUGCUGAGCACCAUUUACAGACAAAACAUCGAAUUGACUGGGACUCUGCAACAUGUAUAACGUAUUCUACAGACUACUAUCAACGUCUUAAAGCUGGUUUACUAACUUAGAACAAACGCCACUGACUCGUAGCCAACAGUUACCAGUUACGCUACGUCAUAACCAAAUUUUAUCGGAUGGAGAGUUUACCAAAUUUUCUUACCCAUGGUGCUCCGCUGGCGCGCUUCGCGCGCGAGAGCUCCGCUAUAAUAAACUUUUCACCGACACCGACAGCGAAAGUGGGCACUCGUGGUAUAGUCUUUAACCAUCGCUUCAUUAAGUGAAACCAGACGAUACCAUUCAAUCAUAAUCAAUAAUCAAUAACAUCAAUAGCAAUUAAUUGCUUGAUAUUGAAAGCCGGUAAAAAUCAAAACUGCAGUCUUGAGUGAUUUUCUAUUUUCAUUGAUUUACAUUGAUUUCAUUGAUAUUUAUUGAAAACUAAAAUGUGCUUUCUUUUUAUAACACGUCACACGGCUUAGAAAUUUAACCCAUUAAGUUUUCAUGGUCCGAUCUACGAUAAGCUAAGAAAUUAAAACAGUACAACAGAAACAACAGUAAAAAACCACAGUCUAUUAUCUUCCUGUAUUGACAACAGGCAAAAACCGUAACUGCAAUGUACAGAUGCAUACGAGCGGUCCAUAACGUUUAACUGAGCAUGACGUUACACAUGUCCUCGAGCCCGCCUAUAAUUUUGUUUAGUACAUUUAUCGAAUUCGUAGCUGAAUAUAUCAGACAAAUUAGAGUGAGCUGACAAACUCCCCUUGGAGAUGGCCUUGAAGUUGGCCUCUUUCACUGAAAACUUUGAAUGCGUUACCGCGUUCUCUCUUCUUCUUGGAAAUGGAAAACACUUCCCCUUCCUUUUCUUUAAAAGGACAGUGGUGAUACCCCUUGACUACACAGGAUAUAGAAAUUUCCACAGACAUAGCCGCGUUGUUGUGUUUGCGACCAUGUUUAAGCAAACGCCUAACCCGGUUUUUACUGUUUCACAAUCAGCUAUUGAUUAUCAAUAGCAAUCAAUGAAAAUCAAUAAAGCCUAGACGCAUCGGUGAGUGAUUAUAUAUUUUUAUUGAUUGGCUAAGCCAAUCAAUUUCAAUCAAUAGAUUUUUAUGAAUAAUAUUGAUUGAAAUCAAUGAUUUAUUUUCAUUGAUUUGUAUCGUCUAGAGUGAAAGCAGGCGGAGUGUUAGGUCUCAGCCUCAGUCCCGCUAUGACCACAAACUGGAGUGACGCUGAGCCAUAAGAGGUAAAAAAAUCAAGACUCCGAAAUGGAAAGAAGCGCACAAAAAGGAGACUUAAAGACUCACUAAACACGUUUGCCUGAGAUUUUCAAAUUGGAUCAAAACUAAUCCAAACCAACAAAUGAACAAAGGAAGGGGUGCACGAAAAAUUAGAGGUCCCUUAUCUAGGUUAACUGAGAUCUCACAUGUCACAUGAAGCAAACAUAGACACUUUACAAUAGAUAGAUAGAUACUAAUACUAAUAUAACUAGGGUAUCUAAAAGAUAGUAAUGCUGCGGCACAUUCUGUUGAUACUGGCAUUAGUUAGGCAGUGGGACUUGAAAGAAUCUAAAAUGACAUUGAAUGUCCUAUUUACAUGUUGGAAAGUACUAGAAUAAUUACUAUCAGUCUAUAGAAAGAACUCGUGGGAACGUUGUUUAGAAAAUGAUCAAGUGGUUAUCAACUCUGGUUUUCCCACAGUAAAUUGUAGGAAAUGAUAGAUUGUUUAUCCAUAUAUUUAAUAUAUGGUGUACUAUCAUUUCUCUGGAAACACGAUACUUUUCUUGCUGUUUAUUGCACUUUAUUAAGUAACAGUCAUUUAGCUAUAUAUUUAUGGAAAACAACAACACAAAAAACGGAAAAAAAGAAAGAAAGAAGGAAAAAAAAAGUUCGGUAGGAUUCGAACCCAGCACCAUCGACUCGACGCGACUACACCUAACCACUACACCACAGAGACUGAUUAAGUAAUCUUGGGAAAAGUCUUUAAUUUAAUGCUUUUUCCAUGAAACUUCCGCCGGAAAGAUGAUCGCCAGCCGCAUUAAUCGAGCUAUUAACAGUAAAAAACAAUGUAAACGCAUAUUCCAUGGCAAUGAA